GUGUUUCUCUCUCCCUCUGUUUUUCUCUCUCUCUCUGUUUUUCUCUCUCUCACUCUCUGUUUUUCUCUCUCUCUGUUUUUUUCUCUCUCUGUUUCUCUCUCUGUUUCUCUCUCUGUUUCUUUCUCUCUCUCUGUUUUUUUCUCUCUCUGUUUCUCUCUCUCUCUGUUUCUCUCUCUCUCUCUCUGUUUCUCUCUGUUUCUCUCUGUUUCUCUCUGUUUCUCUCUCUCUCUGUUUCUCUCUCUCUUUCUCUCUCUCUGUUUCUCUCUCUCUCUCUGUUUCUCUCUCUGUUUCUCUCUCUCUUUCUCUCUCUCUCUUUCUCUCUUUCUCUCUCUCUGUUUCUCUCUGUUUCUCUCUCUCUCUGUUUCUCUCUCUCUCUCUCUCUCUCUCUCUCUCUCUCUGUUUUUCUCUCUCUCUCUCUGUCUUUCUGUCUCUCUCUCUGUUUCUCUCUCUCUCUCUCUCUGCUUCUCUCUCUCUCUCUCUGUUUCUCUCUCUCUCUCUCUGUUUUUCUCUGUUUUUCUCUCUCUCUGUUUUUCUUACUCUCUGUUUCUCUCUCUCUGUUUCUCUCUCUCUGUUUCUCUCUCUUUCUCUCUCUCUUUCUCUCUCUCUGUUUCUCUCUCUCGCGCUUUCUCUGUUUCUUUCUUUCUGUGUCUGUCCGCUGGGUUUUGUUGUCAGGACUUCCCCUCACGCUGUACAAACAGUUCCAGUGAGAAGCCAACCACUACUUCCUCCUCAUCGUGGUGAUGCCAAGAGAUGCAGUGACUCUCAGAUGAAUAACUCUGUGAUGUCCUCAUCUCCCAGAGUCUCAGUUUCAGCCCAUCCCAGUGGAAGGUUGAAUGUGUGGGAGAUGUGUUGUGGCUUCACGAAGACCAGAUCAUCCCGGUGAGUUUCUAUGCCUAGGCUGAUGCUUCAGCUUCCUCAGCACCCCUUGCAGGUUUACGAACAGUCACAGAUUGUGAAAAGUUAUGUUAAUUCAAAACCUGUGUCUCUCUUGCGAUCUGGUCUCCUGUUCAUGACUCUUGUUCCCCUUUCUCCCCCUCUGCCUUUGAUCCUCUCUAUUCCCGCUUCUCUCUUUGUAUUAUAUUCAUAUUAUAAUACUUCCAUUAUUCAGUCACUGCAGUGUUGUUUUUGCAAAGGGACCAACGUGAAGUAGCUACCGGCCCUGGCUGCCACCCAUACAGAGAUGACCACUGACCCAACAGAGCAGACCCUGGCCUCCAUCCACACAGAGAUGACCACUGACCCAACAGAGCAGACCCUGGCCGCCACCCAUACAGAGAUGACCACUGACCCAACAGAGCAGACCCUGGCCGCCACCCACACAGAGAUGACCACUGACCCAACAGAGCAGACCCUGGCCGCCACCCACACAGAGAUGACCACUGACCCAACAGAGCAGACCCUGGCCGCCACCCAUACAGAGAUGACCACUGACCCAACAGAGCAGACCCUGGCCGCCACCCACACAGAGAUGACCACUGACCCAACAGAGCAGACCCUGGCCGCCACCCACACAGAGAUGACCACUGACCCAACAGAGCAGACCCUGGCCGCCACCCACACAGAGAUGGCCACUGACCCAACAGAGCAGACCCUGGCCUCCAUCCACACAGAGAUGACCACUGACCCAACAGAGCAGACCCUGGCCUCCAUCCACACAGAGAUGACCACUGACCCAACAGAGCAGACCCUGGCCGCCACCCAUACAGAGAUGACCACUGACCCAACAGAGCAGACCCUGGCCGCCACCCACACAGAGAUGACCACUGACCCAACAGAGCAGACCCUGGCCGCCACCCACACAGAGAUGACCACUGACCCAACAGAGCAGACCCUGGCCGCCACCCAUACAGAGAUGACCACUGACCCAACAGAGCAGACCCUGGCCGCCACCCAUACAGAGAUGACCACUGACCCAACAGAGCAGACCCUGGCCUCCAUCCACACAGAGAUGACCACUGACCCAACAGAGCAGACCCUGGCCGCCACCCAUACAGAGAUGACCACUGACCCAACAGAGCAGACCCUGGCCGCCACCCACACAGAGAUGACCACUGACCCAACAGAGCAGACCCUGGCCGCCACCCACACAGAGAUGACCACUGACCCAACAGAGCAGACCCUGGCCGCCACCCAUACAGAGAUGACCACUGACCCAACAGGGCAGGCCCUGGCCGCCACCCAUACAGAGAUGACCACUGACCCAACAGAGCAGACCCUGGCCGCCAACCAUACAGAGAUGACCACUGACCCAACAGAGCAGGCCCUGGCCGCCAACCAUACAGAGAUGACCACUGACCCAACAGAGCAGACCCUGGCCGCCACCCAUACAGAGAUGACCACUGACCCAACAGAGCAGACCCUGGCCGCCAACCAUACAGAGAUGACCACUGACCCAACAGAGCAGACCCUGGCCGCCACCCAUACAGAGAUGAGGAAGUACAGUUCCCGCUCAGCCCAGUCAAAACUGUUCGCUGCUCUGGCCCCCCAAUGGUGGAACAAACUCCCUCACGACGCCAGGACAGCGGAGUCAAUCACCACCUUCCGGAGACACCUGAAACCCCACCUCUUCAUGGAAUACCUAGGAUAGGGUAAGUAAGGGUAAGUAAUCCUUC